UGCAGAGAGGGCCUUACUCAUGUGCAACAAUGACCGAGUGAUUAAUCUGGUGUCGCACAAUCGACAAGUAGUAAUGCCGCUAAUCUUGCCGGCUUUAGAGAGGAACAUUCUCACUCAUUGGAAUCAAGGUGUUUUGAACUUGACACAAAACGUUAACAAGGUAUUAUGUGAGAUGGAUGAAGAGCUAUUUCUGGCCUGCAAAAGGAACUUCGAGGAGGAGGAAACGAAGCAAGAAUUAACGGAGCAGAACCGAAGGAUGGCCUGGGAGUACUUGGAGACUGCCGCGGCUUUCCAACCAGUAACUAGAAAUGUAGCCGUCCUGGUUAAACCUGUUAUUUCUCCACCAGUCGUUGCCGCACUCUCUUAAAGUUGCUGGAGGUUAUGAAGAUGCCCAUCCCUUUGCUAAUUGUUGCAUCCUCUUAAGCACUAUCCUCCAAGUUGCUUCUGUGCCGAUGAAAAACAGCUCAGCUCAGCGUACAUUGUAGCGACGAUACUUGUUAGAAACAUAAGCAGAUAUCCUUAUUCCCUGUUUUUCUACUGUCUUUUCAUCAGAAUAUUGCCAAGAUCUAUCUGUUCUCGUGCUUUGCAAGUUGAAACAUCCAGUGACAGUUUGUCAAGAUACUGGAGCAUAGUUAGUAGGAUCGUGUUCCUAUGCAGGAUCACGAUCCGCAUAGGAUCGACUUGAGGUCAAGAUUGAAUCGAUCCUAUGCAAUCCCAUCAAGCAUAUUCUGCAGACUAUGUAUUGGAGUAUAUGUUAUAUAAUGCAAUGCAGAAAGUUAGAAGCCCCCAGGGUGCUCGAAGAAGUUUCUAUAAGGAUUAAACCAUCUGAACAAUACAAAUCCAAUUCGCAACAAACCUCAUCUUUACUAUAUACAAUUCAACAGCAUCAGACCAUACUCUACAAGAACAAGCCAUCCAGACCUUGCCAAGCUGAGUUCUUCAACCUCACUCCUUGCUUAUACAAGCAAACCUCAGUUUUUGUGCUAUUAGCUGAAGCAGACCCUUCUUCUUCUUCUUCUUCUUCUUCUUCUUUGAUUUCUUCCUCCUUUUGCGAUUCUUCCGCAACGAAAUGUUGUCGUCUGUUUGGUCAUCGCGAUCCUUGUCUCCAGCUUCCUCUGCUAAAUUGGCAAAGGAUCGAUCAGCAAAGAGCAGAAGACAAAGUCAGUAAAAAGAACUCAAUUUCAGUUCUAAUCGAUCUCACCAUUCUCGUCAUCUUCAUCGAUCCACUUAUCCCAGUCCACCUUAAGGAAAGCUGGUGGCUUUGCAUCUUCUUUUAGCAGCCUACUCCACCAUUUCUUAUCGAGUUUCUUUACAACAUACACGAUGCUCCUUGCGCUGAUGUUGAGUUUGCUCUCCUGAAACGAAGCCACUCGUCAGAGACGAUGAGAUCCGCACCUGCAGUAGUGACUUUGACAGUGUGUGUACCUUGACAUUGAUCCUGUCAAACAACUUGAGAUCAACUUCAUAGGGGACGCCUUCUUUUGUGGCGAAGAAACUGAAUUCUCCUUCAGGCUCCAGAUUCACUUUCACAUCCUUGGCGUCCGCUAGGUCAACCGUGAGGUAGACCUUGUCGGAUCUCUGAGCCCAUUUCACAGUGGGAUGGCGGCUGCAACAAGAAAUCAUGGAACCAAGUAAAUCGAGCGAUAGACUGAAGAAAACAGUCAGUUGAUCAGACUAACUUGACAAUUUCCCCAAACAACUCAGGAAUCAAAUACCGCAGAGAUUGACGCGUUGAUCGGAUGAAACAAGAGAGAUAAGAAUGGCAGGAGAUCGGAGAAGUAGGGUAGUACCUCAUGGUUGAGCUGACGGAGAGGUGGCGGACUUCUUCGAUUUCGGAGUCUCGUCGGAGAUGGCAACUUGUCCGGCGCAGUUCGAGUCCCUGCUAUUUGUCGACGAGGUAGGAGCAGGAGCAACUUUCCGGAAAGCCCCCGAAGUGGUGCAGCGAACCUCAUCGAUGGCGGGGGCGAGCAAGGCCUUCGCUACUGUUGCGAGAUCCACCUCCUUCGUGGCUGCCUUCCUCUCUCUGGUCGCCCUCUUCUCCGCCUUCCUUCUCUUAUACUACGCGAGGUACUCUUCGUCCUCGCGCUGGCUCUUGAUCUCCGACUCCCUGGACGCCCCUCUCCACCUCUCCAAGGGGAGCCCUAAUCCUGCUCCUCCUCCCGAGUACUCCUUUCUCGCGUCGCUCGAGAAGUUCCUGACCUCGCGCGCGCCCGCUGCUGGAUCCCCGGGCGUCGCUUCUGCUGCUGAUGGCGGAUCUCCCUCUGCCGCGGUCAAGGCGCUCGACGACUCGAUCUGGAAGGAAGAGACGGAGAGGCUUUACGGAGAUGCGGUGGAUCCGUGGUCGGCUUCCUCGGUGGUGCGCGUCUACGUAUACGAGAUGCCGGCUAAGUUUACCUACGAUCUGCUGUGGCUGUUUAGGAACACGUAUAGAGAGACGUCGAACCUGACCUCCAAUGGCAGUCCUGUGCACCGGCUGAUCGAACAGCAUUCUGUUGAUUACUGGCUCUGGGCAGAUUUGAUUGCACCGGAGUCUGAGAGGCUUCUGAAGAAUGUCAUUAGGGUUAAUAGGCAAGAGGAGGCAGACUUCUUCUACAUCCCAUUUUUCACAACAAUUAGCUAUUUCUUGCUUGAGAGACAGCAAUGCAAGGCACUUUACAGGGAAGCUCUAAAGUGGGUGACUGAUCAGCCAGCUUGGCAACGAUCUGGAGGAAGAGAUCAUAUACUUCCAGUCCAUCAUCCUUGGUCUUUUAAAUCCGUCCGCCGAUUCAUGAAAAAGGCAAUCUGGCUUCUACCAGAUAUGGAUUCCACAGGAAAUUGGUACAAACCGGGGGAAGUCUGGCUUGAAAAGGACCUUAUUCUUCCGUACGUUCCUAAUGUUGAUCUAUGUGAUGCACAAUGCUUACAUGAUUCUCAGUCAAAAAGAAGCACAUUGUUAUUUUUUCGUGGAAGGCUGAAGAGAAAUGCUGGAGGUAAAAUUCGUAGUAAACUUGCAGCAGUGCUACAUGACAGUGAGGGUGUUGUUAUGUUAGAGGGAAGUGCUGGUGAAGCUGGGAAGGCAGCAGCUCAGACUGGGAUGCGCAGAUCUCUCUUUUGCCUAAGCCCAGCUGGUGAUACCCCAUCCUCAGCUAGGUUGUUUGAUGCAAUAGUUAGCGGUUGUAUUCCAGUUAUUGUCAGCGCUGAAUUAGAGCUUCCAUUUGAAGGAAUACUUGAUUAUCGUAAGAUAGCACUUUUUGUUUCUUCUAACGAUGCUGUACAACCCGGGUGGUUGAUUAAUUUCCUUAAGAAUAUGGAUUCUAAGCAAAUCAGGGAAAUGCAAACCAACCUGGCUAAGUAUGCGAGGCAUUUCUUAUUCUCGAGUCCAGCUCAGCCUCUCGGCGCAGAGGACUUAGCAUGGAGAAUGAUUGCUGGCAAGUUGGUGAACAUCAAGCUGCAUACAAGGAGGUCGCAACGCGUGGUAGAAGGUUCCAGAAACUUGUGCACCUGUGAAUGCAGAGCAGGAAACAUCACCAGAUAUCAUUAUGGCAGAGCAACAACCUGUAGCACCACGUGGCUACAAGGUCCUUAAAGUCGUCAGGGACUCGUUCACUCCAGAUGACCACCGAGUUGCCACAUAUAUCACGGGAAAAAUUCAAAGAACGAGUUAGCGCGUCUAGUACUACAUGGAGGCAUGUAGACCAGGAGAUGAAACUAUUUUACUAUAAUGAAUUUGUGAAAAUGUAUACAUGGAAGGACGGACAUAAAGAAGAAUUUAAAUCUACAUGGAAUACAUACUGUGUCAAACUAUACAGAGACCAUAUGUAUUACAUGAGAAAGAAGGGUGUUAGACCUGCGUAUGUUUCCGAGGCGAUAUAGAGUGCAUGGACGGCCACUUGGGCUGCAGAAAGAUGGCAGGCAAAUGCUGAAAAGACAAAAGCAAAUAGAAAUACAGAACCAGGUGGCCCGAGCACCGGAACCGCUCGGCAUAUGUCAGGAUCCAGAUCUAUUGUAGAGCAUACCAUGGAUCUGGAACACGAGCUUGUCCGACAACCCACAUAUAUGGAGGUCUUUCUCAAGACCCAUAAGAAGAAGGAUGAAUCAUUUGUUGAUUCUCGAUCUCAGACUCUCCAUGAUCCGCCGCGUGUUAGGCGUCCAGAACCUUCUCGUAGGGGCAAGCGCUGGCUAUAUAAUAUCCACACGCAGUAGCCGAUCUAGGGUUUCUUGCGAUCUGGAUCUGGCCCUCAACCUUCCCUUCCUUGAUCGGCAAAUCGCAGGUGAUCUGGAUUUUUUUCCCCUCACAUGUGUUCUCUGCGGUGUGGUUCUUCGGUGCUUUGCGGAUUAAAAGAUGGUUAUGGCUUCCGAUCAGUUUCUUGCGGCUGUUCCACCGAUUGGUUCGUUCUGUUCUUGCUGCCGAGGAAGCACUGCAGGCGCGGAAGCAGAUCUGCGGCUUGAAGUUCGGAUCGACGGGCGUCUUCGAUGCACAAACUCCAGUUGCCAGGAAAAUAGACGUUGUUUGCCUGAAUGAUUAAGUUCUUGCUCAGAACUUAUCAGUUGUAAAGGAGUGGAUGCCUCUUGGGGAUCAGAGCAAGACGGAUGGGCUGGGUUCUUGAUGAUAGACUGGGAAGGUAAUAUGCAUUUGAACAUGUUGCAUCGACCUUUGCCAUGUUGGGUGCGCUCGCAUGGCAGGUCACCCCUGCUUAAUAAAAAGUAAUAUUUUUUGGGUGCUGGCGGGGGGAGAUCGCAUGGGGCAUUUGAUUUUAUUCUCCGGGUUCUCCAUCGCCUCUCUGUGUGUGUGUGUGUGUCUGCCUCUAUUUCUUUGAAUUUCAUGUUCCCUAUCGUCCCAUCUCGCUAUCAGUUAAAUGUGGUUUCAUGGCGAUAUCAGCAAUAUCCCAAUUCAACUGCUGCAUAUUCAAUUGUCCAUCACCUACGCAUCCAUUCCAAGUGGUGAAAUCAUGGGGUCCCCAUCAAUUUGAACCAUCUUUCUGAAAUGAUAAGGUACAAUUCUUAUAAAGACUCAGUAGCUCAGUUUGGUAUUUGCUUAACAUGAUUAGUGGAUUAAUUCUUUAGUGAUAUGAGACAGACGUAUACAUGUUAAUUUCGCCGCAAUCUGACUGAAGAGGGGCAAGUUUUUUGAUAAAAAGCAACGUGAGUGAAAGAAAAAUAGAAUUCUAUGAAUCUUUAUUCGUUUUAGGUUGCAUUGUAUAGAAUGGAAUGAAAUGGUUCAUUUCCUCUGAUUUAUUCAUUAUUCCACUACAUUCAAGUAUAUCACAAUGUCAAGUUAUCAUUUCAAAACUAAAUGUUGAUAAAUUAUAUGAGUGACUUGGACUGAUUUGACCAUCGAUAUUGGGUCAAUCCUAUCUAGUAAGACAAUCUGGCUGGCUAAUUCAAUUGAGUGAGCUUGAUGGUCAGUUCCUUGGAUUCGACAUGUUGGUUGGUUUGAUCUGAUGGAUCAACCAAGCUUGGCAUGCCAGAAAGACAAGUAACUCAGGCACAUUGAACUUAUCAAAACCAAGUAAUAUUGAUUACGCAUGAUUAAAACAAAAUAAUGAAUAUAAAUUGAUUAUUCCUCUUAAUUUCAUUCCGUUCCUUUAGUUUUAUUCUAAUUAUAUUUCAUUCGAUAAUACUCUAUUAAAUUUACUCAUUAUAUGGGUACAUUCAUUACAAUUUUGGUUCAUUAUUUUGCAGACUGAUUCAUUUAAGAACUAAAGAUUAUCAAAUUUGCAUAAUUUUUUUUGUCGAACUUACAAAUCACUGGUAUUGUUAGAUGUGGUUCCUCUUCGUAAUCCACGGUGUGUGACUUAACCAUUGUAAAUAGUUUGUCAAAUACAGUAAAUUGCAAGGUUUUUAUGUUGACUAAUACUUGAUAGCAAAUGGUACCUUACAUCAAAUUAUUAUAACUAGUUUGAAAUGUUUUAAUAUGGAUCAAUGUCUUAAGAAGUAAUUUUUCAAAUGACGAUCAAUUUCUUGUUUCUUAAAAAGUAAUUUUUGUAGUUAAUAUACCUCCAUUAGUUCCAUAUCAUCAUAUACAGUUGGUAAAACUUAACCAAAGCCAAAUAUGUUGAAUCAAUUCCAUUGAAGGGUUCAAAUAUAUUUGCAAGUUCAUGAUCGAAGUUGAGAUUGCUUAAAAUUUUACUGUCAUCUCUGCUGUUUAUUUCUACAUUUUUCUGUGGGCUGUUUCCUAUUUAAUCUUAUAUAACAGUUGUAAAGUCGGGUCUGAUUGGGUGACGGGUUUGUUGGGAAAAAAGUGUAAUCAUGAUUGGGGUAAUUGUUAAUGUAAAAUCAUGUAGUAGAAAAGGCACUUAUGCUCUACUAAUUACAUGCAUUACAAGAGGCUUGGGAGUUCCUGAGGCUUGGGAGUUCCUGACAACCGGGGUAAAGAUUUUGCAGCUGAAGCUCUCUAGAAGUUUGUCAAUUGUAUUCAAUGUUACAGAUAUUGCUGCCAAAGAUUGUCUGUAGUUCUGUCAAUUUUGUUUGAGAUUGAAGAUUUUGCUGCUUUCUAAAGCUGUCAAUUGAACUCGAGGCGCAUGUAAAAUAACUGGAAAAGACUUGGAAGUCAUCUCACCGUUAAUUUUGGUGGAAAUUCAAUUCGCGCUUUGGAUUUGUUGGUACCUGAAGCUUACAAUUUCGUUGCCACAUCUCAGCGAAAUUGAGAUACAUUCAUGGGGCAAAAAUUGGGGCGUAUUAUGACUAUUGUUUUGAGCACUCUUAUUUGAUGUCAAGUUCUGAAGACUCCGGUAAGAACAAAUUUGAAUUUGGAAGCCUGCUUUUGGACUCAGUUCUUGAUUCCUAUUUGGCAGAAGUCAAAUUCAUCAAACGCUUACAAGUUUUUGUGAUUGCAACUUUAACUAUAUCAUUACCCGAUGACUUCGACAA